UACAUUGCUUGUAGUUUCAGCUUGUAAAUGAGUUCUACGAUUACAAUUUGAAGUCAAAUCAUUAUCAUCGUGAGGAAAUUGCCUAAAAACCCUAGUAAAAUCACGGGAAGUUUGAUGACGACAACAACAACAACAAAAAAAAAAAAAUCACGGGAAGUUUGAAGUUUGCUGUUGGCGAUGAACAGAUGAUCCGAGAAAGAAGGCAGAAAUCGCGAAGCAAACAUCGAGGUGCGACACUUGAAGUUGCCUUCUUCUGCGCUGAGAACUCCCUCAGAGUUCCUUCUUCCGAUUAAUCCCACCGGCGAACCGCUGCUCGAAUCACGGCUCCUCUUCGCCUGAGGAUCGGAGAAGAAGAGUUGGGCGAAGGAUUGGAAGUUGCUCUACUUCCGCCGCUGGGUCAAUGUCCUCAACCCGGUCUUCUAAAUCGCCGUUAUAAAAACAGAGUCAAAAUUAAAUUUUGACCCGGUUUGCGUAAACCGAGCUGAGUUUAGGAACCCUAACACCGCACCCGACUUCGAUUAGAUUUCUUCUACUUGAGACGGCGAAAUCGAAGGCACUGACCCAGCGGCGGCGAAUCGGAGGAAGGGAGCUCUGUAGGAAUUUUUCAGCGCCGAAGGAAUCAAAAUCCUUGAGCGGCGAGAAGAUGUCGGUGUAAGGCAUCAUGAGCUUUGCUCGCCGUCGACAAACGAAAAAGCUUUUUUUGUUCAUCGUCUAACGAUCGUAGAAAUCAUGAACAAGUUGAACUUCAAGCAAAGUUACAUUUUGUUCUUCAAGCUGUAGCUUUGCCGGUGAGAGAUCGCGAGGUGUUUGAGAUUGAUACUACAAAGACUUAAUAGGUGGAGGCAGAAAUGGGUUUGGAGAUGGCAAAAGGAGAAGAGAUUGCUGCGACAACUGCUUUAGUUGCCGAUUCAACCAUCAAAAGGAUCUUCAUUGGUGGAUUGAGUGCGACUGUGACGACUUCUGAUAUGGAGACGACGUUCUCGCCCUUGGGCAAGAUUCAUAAUGUAGAAUUUGUGCGCUCAGAUGGUCGGAGCUUUGCUUACAUGGACUUCGAGCCGAACUCUGAGAAAAGCUUGGCAAAGCUCUUUGCAGUUUACAAUGGAUGCGCUUGGAAAGGAGGGAAGCUGCGACUUGAAAGGGCUAAAGAACAUUAUCUCACUCGCUUGCAGCGAGAGUGGGCUGAAGAUGCAAGCAUAAAUGUGCUAGAUGAUCUCAGUGCCGAGAAAAGUUCAGAUCAUCCAAACAAGUUGGAAAUCCUGGCACACAAGUCAAAAUGCCAAAACUUGGAGAAUGCAAAACUCCAAAUAUAUUUUCCAAAGCUGCGAAAGGUAAAGCCGGUGCCGUUUAAAGGAACAGGGAAGCACAAGUACAGUUUUCAACGAAUCGAAGUUCCUCCUCUACCGAUUCAUUUUUGUGACUGUGAAGAACACUGUGGCCCAUCUGAAAUGGCGAACGAAACAUACAUGUCUGCGCUGAACUCUGCAGCAUAUAAUAAAGAGAGAAGUAUAAUGACAAGUGUGAUGAACAAGUUCCUCGAAAAGGAAAGGAACAAGGUUCCUGAACCUGGGAUGGUGAACUUUUCGAAAGAAGGGAUAGCUGUUGAUACUGCUGGUGGUGAUGUUCAAUUGAAUGAAACAGAUGAAGCUCUGGAAGAGGAUGCAGACAAUCUUGUCACUAACAUCGGGGUGGGACAAAGCGAUGACAUGCUCAUGCAGUUACUAGGAAAGAAAACUAAUCUUAUGGAUCAGGUUCAUGAAUCGGGAAAAAGUAAGCCUCGGCCAUCUACAGAUGGCCAUCUUCGAGACAAAGCACAGUCUCGUAAGAGGCAAAUAAUUGCAUCCGUUGAUACUGAAGUUGCACCAAGCCAAGCAGCCCGGUCAAUCCCAGUAGAGACUGACGACAAGUUUGCUUCUGUAUUGCCGAAAAGUAAAACAGAGGCCAUUUUGGAUGAAGAUUCCCCUUCCAAAAUGCAAACUGAACAUGGCACGGAUAGUGUUGCGUUGGCAAAAACCAACACUUGGAUACAGAAAUCCUCUUGGAGAGAUCUUGUUGGGGAGUCCAGUGGCAACACAUUCAGCAUUUCCACUAUAUUACCGGCAUCGAAGACACUGAAAGCAAAUGAUUCAGCCACCAAGACUACCGGUGCACCGAAGAAGAGGAAAAUGCAAUCUGACAUGGAGAGUUCGGUGAAUGUCGAGGUCAAAAAAGCCAUUGUAUUUGAGAAAGCUGCAGCAUCAUCAAGUCUGAGAGGAGACUUAGCCCCUGGCAAUCACAAUGUUGCAGAGAAUCAGAGCAGCCACCAGGGACAGAAGAGAAGUAUCCCGAAAAUUAACAUCGGCGAGGUCUGCACCUUCAUGCGCAGUGCCCAGUCCGAGAAGGAGUGGUCGAGGGCAAAAGCAGUACUAAGUGGCUACAUCAAGAAGAAAGGUGAUGGAUCCCACGAAGCUAAAGCUAAGCCACAUAGGAGGUGAUCAGAAGCUCGAUUUGAUUCCUUGAUGCUUUUCGGCAGGACAAGGUUUAUCCUAACCGUCUUAACAGUGACUGCUAUUUGUGAAUCAACUUCUAUAUUUUGAAAAGCUUUUAAUUCUCUCCCCCACAGAUUUCGUUA